AUAGAAUUUCCCCCCUGAUUGCCGCCCGCUCGAGAUGUCCAUGAAGAAGAGUGUGUUCCUCGCGUACGCCGAAGACUCGGACGAAGACGACACGAUCUUUUCCCGUGACCAGGGCGACAAGUCCGCCAAGAGCAGCAAGCAGAAACAGAAGCAAAAGGCCAAGAAGCAGGAAGAGAAUGCGCUCAAGAGCUUAGCUAUGACCUCUUCUUCCAAGAAGUCGAAGAAGAAGAAAGGCCAGUCGAAUGGAGCCGCAGUGGACGUCGUGGCCGUUGACGAGGCGAUCAAGCAAGUGACUGUCGAGGAGACGCCGCCAGCUCCUGUCGCUGUCGUCCCAACUGCGACGUAUGCCAACGCCAGUGCUGCAGCCAAGAAAACAGCACCUGCAGCGUCGACAUCAACCCCUCCUCCUCCGCUCCAAGAAGCACCUCGAACGCAAGCGCCUCCACCUUCGGUUCCGAAGCCAAAGCAGCAGCCCAAGGUGGCGCCUAAGCAGCAGCAACAGCAAGUUGCUCAGAAACAACCACCACCGAGUCCAUCUCAACCACAGGUGAAGUCCAACGACAAGUACAUCCCGCCCAAUGCCCGCAACAACCCUUCCGCCCAAGGACGCCAAGGAACUCCCUUUCAGUCUGUGACCCAUCUGGAACGAGUGGCGUCGCCGCCGCCCCGAUCGACGCCGUCCUCGUCCGGGGUCACGUACGUGCCUUCGCACAUCCAAGUGCUCCUUCCAGGACAGCCCGAGCAAGUCCUGGACGUGGAGGACGUGAUGCAGCGCGCACAAUACUUUAAGCAAACGGCCGAGUCGCUGCUGACCGUCAACCGAAAUGGCGAGAUGGAAAACUCGCAGUUGCGAGAACACUUGACCCAAGCUCUACUUCGCCUCGAGCAAGUGGAGCAUGAGAAUCGGGUGCUGCAGCAGCUCAAUUUGAACCUCCAAACGGAAGUCGUGGCGCUUCGCGCUCCUUCCACCAGUGCCUUCAACCACGCCGCGGCGGCAGCUGUGCGCCCGCCCGGUCUUUAGAUCCCAUACACCCCCUUCACUAGUAUGAAUAGUCAACUUAUAGAACCACCCUCGUUCUCACGUCUACAUACCCUUCGCAACAUAGUCAUUCGAUUCUCCCGAGGGCUCCGGUUUCGAUUCG